AUGGCGCCCUCAACUUCCACCAACAACCCCAUCCAUCCUCUCUACGCCAUCAUCUUCACCUACAUCGAACCGUUCCUCGCCCUAGGCGGCGUCAUCCAAACCCUCUCGUUCCCAUUCAGCUACAUCGCCAUCUCCCAUCCCACCAUCCACACCGCGCUCUCUCCCCACCCGCAUCUCCACCCCCAGCUCCAGACACUUUUCACCUGCAUCGCCGGCGGCUGGUCGAUCCUAACCUUCAAUGACAUCGUGACGCUACGCGUGUUUUCGCGCGACCCCAAGGUCUGGCGCUGCGUCUUGGCCGCACACCUGUGCUCCGACCUGCUGUACGUGCUGGCACUGGCGCAGGAUGUCGGCUACGCGCACGCGCUGGAUCCGCGGUUGUGGAGCCGUAAAGAGUGGUUCACGAAUGUGCUGACGCUGCCGUUCAUGUGGGCCAAGAUGGCGUUUCUGGUGGGGGUGGGCGUGGAUUCUGAUGCUAGGGAGAGGGUGGUUGCCAAGGAACAGCUGAGGGGCAAGAAGGCUUGA